AUGACUUUACUGCCCCCAACCCUCGCUCAGUCCACCUUGGGCGAGAAGUGCGCAGUAUACAUAGACCAGGUCGCCGACAUCCUCCCCGUCCACCUACACUCCCUCCGCCAUCAACUGGACCCAAUUCUCACCUACCUGUCCAACACGCCCCUCGGUCCUCUCGCGCAAAAGCUACCAUUCGCACCAGAUAAUCAGCCUAUCGCUCUUUUUGCAGCUGUUACCGUCUGCCUGUUCACCGUCGUGAUGAGUUGGCGCAACCCCUUAAAAAUGCUACGUCGCUCGCCGAGUUAUGCUCCCGCAUCCAACCCACAUGUUAGCGAUGAGGACUUCAGUUAUAUCACACCUUCAGACAUCGCGGACCCGCAGGUAGAUGAUGGAGAGCCGGAUAUUAUUGCCCUCCGCCACCGUGGCACCAUCUACCCAUUGCGCUUCCGCGCAUACGCGAUCGACGACGGUGUUUUGACCAUCGGAGACCUACGAGAGGCUGCCGCUGAGAGCACCGGAGCCGGCCACCCGGACUGUGUGAGACUGCUGUACAAGGGAAAGCUACUCAAGAACAACGCGGGUACAUGCAAAGCCGAGGGACUCAAGCAGCACUCUGAGGUGCUAUGCGUGGUCUCCGAAGCGGGAGCAGGCUCCCCGAGCGAUGCCUCCGACGACGGACAAACCAUUCCUGUAACUGCAUCGGCGCCAGCACCGCCGCCGCUGCCCCGCCCCACUAGUGCAGGAGAUGCAUCGUCUCCUCCCACACCCCCGAGUGGAAAGAGCAAGAACUCGAGAAGGAAGAAACGCAAUGGCAAGAAGCCGCCCGUCAGCGCAGAAGCCUCUGGUCCAUCUCGGCCGCCACGGCCUACGUCGUCGUCAGGCCACUCAGGCGUCCCUGCCCUGCCCCCUAACCUCAAGUUGCUGCAAACGCCACUGGAGCAGGUCACUGCUUUGGCCGGAUGGUUCGAGCAAGAGAUGAAGCCGCUUUGCGAGGAAUACAUUGCGAACCCACCUAGUGACCCGAAGAAGCGGGACUAUGAACAUAAGAAACUGAGCGAGACGAUCCUCGCACAAAUCCAGUUGAAGGCGGAUGGAAUCGAGCCAAAUGGUGAUGAGGUGGCCCGCAAUGCACGCCGCGCCCUCAUCAAGGAUACGCAGGUGGUGCUCGGUGAGCUGGAUAGAAUUGCAUAG